AUGGGUUUGGAUAACAUGCAAUUUAAUUCUCUCUCGCUAAUGCAAGCUGAAACACUAUUAGGUGGAUUUAGCAAAGAGAAAGUCAAACAGGCGGUGUUGGAUUGUGACAACUACAAAAGUCCAGGUCCAUAUGGGGUACAUUUUGGGUUUGUGAAAGAGUUUUGGGAGAACAUAAAAGCUGAAUCUCAAUCAGCGUUUGUUAAAGGCAAACAAAUUUUGGACAGAAUUUUAAUUGCAAAUGAAGUGGUCGAUGAGGCAAAAAAGAAGAAAAAAGAGUUAAUUUUGUUCAAAGUGGACUUCGAGAAGGCAUACGACUCAGUAGAGUGGGAUUACCUAGAGCUUGUGAGGGCAAAUAUGGCGUCAGUUUUUGUGCUAGUUAAUGGGAGUCAUACAGAAGAAUUUGAUAUGCGGAAGGGAUUGAGACAAGGUGACCCCUUAUCUCCGUUCUUGUUUCUAAUAGCUACUGAGGAUCUGCAUGCUCUUUAUAGUGCUUCUGUGGAAGCCAAUCGAUUCAAAGGUUUUAAGGUGGAAUCAAAUGAGUUUCGUGUCUUUCUUUUACAAUUUGCAGAUGAUACGCUGAUCACGGGAGAGAAGUGUUGGGAUAAUAUUAGAGCAAUCAAGGCUAAUUUGUUGUGGUUUGCGGUUCAAUUUGGCCUAAAGGUGUUUUGGAAACCUGUUAUUGAGAAGAUCCGAAAUAGGUUGGCUGGUAGGAACUCUAGAACUUUGUCGAUGGGUGGUCGUUUAUUACUCCUCAAAGUUGUCUUAUUUGCAUUGCCGGUUCAUUGGGUCAAUUGGGAGAAAGUGUGUUUGCCUUUAGAGAAGGGUGGAUUAGGUGUCCGAGAUUUGAAAUUUUUUAAUAAAGCUCUAUUGGGUAAAUGGCGUUGA